AUGGGAAACCCCAUCCCCGUCCACCUAGAGCAAGAGUGCCGCAAGGCGACCAAGAUCCUCAACGACUUUGUCGACCCUGUCAACGGGCUUGACAAGAUUGUGCCCCUCAGCGUGCUUCAGCGAGCUCGUGGCUUUGCCAUCUUCUCCGUCUUCCGCAUCGGCUUUCUCUUGUCAGCACGAGCCGGAUCCGGCGUUGUCAUUGGACGCACCGACGAUGGUCGUUGGUCUGCACCGGCCGCGAUCGGCAUCGGUGGACUGGGAGGCGGCUUCAACGCCGGAGCAGAGGUGACCGAUUUCUUGAUCGUGCUCAACUCAAAAGCCGCCGUUCGCUCCUUCAUGGCUACGGGGUCGCUUCAACUCGGUGGCAACCUGUCUGUCGCCGUCGGUCCCUUGGGAAGGUCGGCAGAGGCGAGUGGAAGCGUCAACACCAAGGGUCGUGUGGCAGCCAUGUUUUCGUACUCCAAAUCGAAAGGAUUGUACGGCGGUAUCUCGGUGGAAGGAACGGUCCUCGUCAACCGCGAGGACGCCAAUGUGAAAGCUUACGGCAUGUACGGGAAGAAUCCGAAGCAGAUUCUGUCUGGUGGCGUGGAGCGGCCCCAGUGGGCGAGAGGCCUGAUUCAGACUAUCGAUCGCUUCACGCUCGCCAACACACCCAGCAAGGAUCUCGACGGCGAGUACUUCAACUACGACGACACGAGCAGCUUUGACAAGCGUGGUCUGAGCGGCAGCGGCGGACGCCGGGAUAGCUACGACUCGAUCGACAGCCGCGAUAACGACUUCCCGUCCUCAUCACGGCCUAGCGCUGGACAACGUAGAGCAUCUGGCAAUGGCGGAGGACUCGAGGAUCUUCCCAAUCGAUUCGAUGCGUUUGACCUGAACGACCGGGACCGCGACCGUAACCGCACGGACGACUGGGACGACCGCGACCGGCGAAGAAAAGAAGACGACUACGACAGCCGCAACUACGGUUCCUAUGCAUUCUCGCCCUCGUCUGCGAUCAGCAACGUCCCCGCUCGCGUCGGUUCCGCGUCGUCCCAGAAAAAGCGUCCUGGCAUCCGCCAACGAUCCAGCAGCAUCGCCAGCAAUCUCAGCUUUUCCAGCCUGGGUAAGAAGAAGCUCGAUCGAUCCGGUCCAACACCUCCACCGGACUGGAAUGAGAUACCCGGGCACAGUUCGGGCAGCAACGUCUGGGACGAACGUCAGCACGACGGGAUGGACGCUCUGGAUCGAGAGCUCCAAGGUGGCAGCCCUUCCGCUGCACGCAGAUCUCCUUCCGCCAACAGGAGCUACAAUACUGGUUCUGCAAGUCCCUUUGCGGCGCCGGACAAUCGCAUUCGGAGCGGAAGCAUCGGCGGUAGGGGUAGCUCGAAUACGCCAGUAGGUUGGUCGCAGUUCAGUGCGUCGGAUGAUGCGAACGACGAUCUGUUUGGCGCGCAAGAUACCCACGCCGGCGCUUCCGUUCGCGAUCCAUUCGACGACCUCGAUGCACGGGUCGAAUCACGCUACACGGGAACCAGCAGCAGCUAUCAGGACUACAACAGCCCUAACAGCAACGGUAACACCCGCACCAAGUCUCCCUUCGACAAGGACCAGCGAGCACCUCCUCCUUCCAAAAGCAACCGUUUCGGACGAUUCCGCACCCCCAGUCCUGGAAAUUCCGCCUUUGGCCGUAAAAAUACCCCCACCAUCGCGGAAGACGACGCUUUCGACAACCUCAUCUCCCCCUCUUCGGAGGAAUAUCACUCGCCGCCAACAACAACAGCAUCAGCGAUGUUGGCCAACGGUGGCAGGAGGGAAAGCUUUUCACUAUCGAGCGAAAACGCUGCAGUGCCGGUGAUCGAAAGGGUGAUCGCACUGUACGACUUUGAAGCGCAGGAAGAGGGCGAUUUGGGUUUCCAAAAGGGUCAGGUGAUCGCAGUGACGAAGAAGACCGAGAGUAGGGACGACUGGUGGCAGGGACGCGUGGAAGCAGGGUUGACCGCAAGCCGCAUUGGAAUUUUCCCCGCGACGUACACAGAACCGCUGUAG